AUGGCCGGUGGUCAGAACGCUGCACUAAGUGGAGCGGGCGGGAGCCAAGUCCUGCUUCUGGGCGCUGAUCGCUCCGGCAUAUCUUGUUGUCUUGGGAGGCAUGCCCGGAGUGCAAUCAAGGGCGCAAAAGACCCAAGACGAAAAUUGCUCAGAUCGGCUCCCGCAUCAUUGGCCGAUAUUGCAGCAAUGUGUAUCGUGUACACGAAGGGGACCGUGGUUGCGUGCUCAACCAAAAAUCCAACCGUCCAUCCACUAUUGACGCAACAGGAUCGCCAGGAAGGCUCCAUUCUAACUGGCCGUGAGGCCUGGCGCCUUCUGUUCCCCCUCCCAGCCUGA